GCCAGCCAUGUCCAUCGGCAUCGCAAUCAUCGGCAGCGGAAUCUUCGCGCGCGAAGAACACCUGCCCAUCCUGCUCUCCCAACCCAACCCCAACCCCACCACCGAAUCCACCCAGGAGAAUGCUUCAGAAAGAGAAGGAGAAGGAGGGAAGCAGGGAAAAACCCACCCCUUCAUCCUCAAAGCCCUGUACUCGCGCACGCUGCACUCCGCACAGAGCCUUCUGGCCUCCGUUCCAGCCGCGGAUCCAGACACUACGAAACGGAUCGAGGAGAUAGAUGUAUACGCCGAUGAUGCGGGGGUGGGGAGAAAGUAUGAGGAUUUAUGUGCCAGGGAGGAUGCCCUACGCGCCGGAAAACACGUCCUCAGCGAGAAGCCCAUCGCGGGCGACCUGGCGACGGCUCAGGAGAUGGUGCGGGUGUAUAAGGAGGAGAUUCUCCCUCGGGGCAGAGAUGGACAGGCGAUUGAAUGUGCCGCUAAUGGGCAGAGGGAGGUUGCUAAUGGUGAGACCACUAAUGGAAAUACUAAUCAGGAUGAGGACAAGAAGGAGCGAAAAGAGAAGAAUAAGAAGGAGAAGAAGAACAAGAAGAACAAGGUGACACCGCUCUGGGGCGUCGCGGAGAACUACCGCUUCCUACCAAAAUACCUGCUCGUGGCCGAGGAGGUCCGGAAACUCGGACCGGUUAAGGGAUUGAGGGUUUGCGUGAGGAGUUUGGUGGGGGUGGGGUCGAAGUAUCAUCAAACCCCCUGGCGCCGCCACCCCAGCCACGAAGGCGGCUUCGUGCUCGACGGCGGGGUGCACAUCAUCGCGGCGCUGCGUCUCAUCCUCGGCCCCGAGAACCCCCUGACCACCGUCUCCGCCAUGUCCAGCCUGCACCAACCGCACCUCCACCCCGUCGACACGGUGGACGCCCUCGUGCGGACGAGAUCCGGCGCCGUGGGGUGUAUUUCCCUCUCGUAUGGCGCUGCGCCAGGGACGAAUGGGACGGUGUUUGAGUUGAGGGUGGAGGAGGCGUUGGCGGAUUUGGAGGUCAUGGUGGGGAUGUUUGCGAGUGAGAGGGAGAAGGGGGUGGUGGGGUUGGGGUUGCAGGUGGUUUAG